AUGAAUAAUCUAUUGAAAUACAGAAAAUUUGUUAUAAUAGAAAUAUUAUUAAUUACAUUUACAUAUUGUAUUGUAUCAAAUAUUUUUAUCAAUUCAUUAAAUAAAGGUUCUACAAAAAGGAGUAUAUAUGUAGAAGGGUAUAAUUGGGAUAUAUUAGAAAAAUGGAAAUCAAUAAAUAAAAAGGAAAAAUUAGAAUAUAAAAUAAAUUAUAAUAUUGGGUUAAGUAUAGAUGCAGAAAUUGGUGAUUUUGGUGACUAUAAUUCAGAUGUAAAAACUGAUUUAAUUUUAUAUAGAUAUAAUGAAGAUAAAAUAAUUAGUACUAUAUAUAUAUAUAUAUUUAGUGUUAAGGAUAACAAAUUUGUUUAUUUCACUGAAGUUAGUUUUGAAGGAAAAGUUAUGAAUAUAACAGCUAUAGAUUUAAAUUUUGAUGGUUCAUUAGAUAUUUUAGUUUUAUUUUCACACCCAAAAAAUAGUAAUAAAUAUUACAUAUGUGCUUUUUUUCAAAAUGAAAAUGAACAAUUAGAAGAAGUAUGGAAUUCUAAGAAAAAAGAAGAAUUAAAUGAAAGCAUAUCUGAUAAAGAGGAAAAAAACAUAUAUUAUUCUAAUGUUCAUCCCUUAGUUUGUGAUAUAAAUAAUGAUGGGCUACCUGAUUUAAUCGGUCAACAAACAAAUGGUAAUAAUUCUUUUUUUAGAUUUAUAUGGAUUAAUAAUAAAAAUGGUUUCAAAAGUAUCCUAUGGGAAAAUAUGGAUAUUUUUAAAUAUAAAGAAUUAGGAGAGAUUAGUAAUCCUAACUCUAGUGCUAUAGUAGAUCUAAAUGGAGAUUGUAAGUCGGAUUUAGUAUUUACUGUAUAUGAUAAUCAAAAGAACAUUUCUUUAGAGAUAUGGUUAAAUAAGAUAGUAGAUGGAAAAAGUAUGUAUAUAAAAAAUUCUGAGAACUACAGUCUUCCUAUAAAUUCAUUGCAAGUUUUAUUUGGAGAUUUUAAUGCAGAUGGGUCAGUUGAUUUAGUUGUGCCAACUUGUAUUAAAAGACCUUUAUGUAAUAAUUGUUGUGUUCAGGAUGAUAAAAUAUAUUUUAUUCCAAAUUUACAGAAAAAAAUAUGCGAUAAAACAUGGAAAAAGGUAGAUGAGACAAAAUGUAGGCCUGCAUCUAAUUUAUGUUCUGAAAGUGACUUUGAAUUUGAAGAUGAUUUAGAUGACGACUUUGUAUCCACUGUUGAUAUUAAUGGUUUACAUUUAUCUGGGAAUUCAGAUUAUCCAUAUUAUUUGAGUGUUGGUGAUAUAGAUAAUGAUGGCUAUUUAGAUUUAUUAAUAACAUUAAGAAAUGAUAAAGGUAAUAAAUAUGUAAGAAUAUAUAAAAAUGAACUUAAAUUAUAUGAUAAACAACGUAGUUUAGAAAUAAGAGGAUUUUAUAAUUUUUAUCAGUUUGUCACUUCACCAAGUGAAUCAGUAACUGAUGUUUACAAUGCAGCAUUUUUUGAUAUUUUUGAAAACGGAGUUUUAGAUAUUUUAAUAUUUGGAAAAUAUAUAAAUGAUAAUAAAAUAACUAAGUAUGCAGCUGUUGGUUUUAUAAGAGAUAACGAAACAGAUUCAUUAUUUUUAAAGUCAACUGCAUUGAAUGGAAUAUGUGUAAAUGAUUGUUAUCAGAAAAAUGAAAAAAUUAUAACUAAAGUAUUUGGUGGUAAUGCACACGGUCCAACAUUUAAAAUAACUGUAAUUGAUGUUAAUGGAAUUAAAACAAGUAGAAUUGGAAUUCAGAAAAGUCAAUCAGCUCAUUUCCCACUUCAACUCCCUUAUGUUUUUUUUGGUUUAGGUAGAACAAGUAAUUAUGUAGAAGAAUUUUAUGUAGGUAUGCCUACACAUGAAAAAAAAUAUUUUAAUAUGUGGGUUUCUAUAAUACCCAAUUCUCAUAUUAUUGUUAUUCCUUAUCCUUUAAAUAAUUCUAAUAAAUGGCAAAUUCAACUUUCUGUAAAUCCUUCAAAAAAAAUUUAUUCUAUAAUAUAUAUUACUCUUAUAUGUUUAACUGUUAUUGGUAUACUUAUUUUUAUACUAGACAGAAAAGAAAAAAUUGAAGAUUCAAAAGAAGAACUUGGAUUUAAAAGUCAUUUCGUUAUAGGAUAA